AUGGCAAGAAGCCUGUUGCUAGUUUUCCUCCUACUCGCGACCAUUCAGUUGUCACUUCAAGAUCAGAAGCUUAGGGAUGGAAGUCAGGAGUUUAGCUACGUUUGGACCAAGCUUCAGAAGACUGACAGGCAUUGGAACUUUCUGGCUUAUUUGCGACUUGCAGGAAUAAGAUCCUUGUCCAAGCUGCUUUCGACGACCGAGACUGGCAUCACAAUCCUCGCGCCUGUGGAUCAGGGUUUUGCUCAACUGGGCGACUUCAACGCGACAAGGAUAAGAAAGGAUCCCGCCUUCUUGACGAAGACACUGCAGCUGCACAUCCUUAUUCCUAAGGCCACCGCUGCUAAGCUUCAGCAAGACCCUUUGAGUACUGAAUACCGUACACUUGCUGGUGUUGCCCUAGUGAAGCGCAACUCAACAAUUCCUGGAAAGGUUCAGCUCUUGUUGAAGGGGUCUACAAGUUCUACAACCAUUUUGACACUUUCAUUGUCCGCAAAAAGUGCCGCUAACGUCCAUUCAGUGAGCAAUGUGAUGCUGCCGUACUAA